AUUCUCUUUCUUUUACUCCUUUUUCCCCCUGUCUGCUCUGGAAUAUUAUUUUUGUCUAUCUGGGGGCCUUCAUGCUUGCGGUCUUUUCAAUCUAUAAUCAACAACAUAGAUGGUGGGGUUGGUGGAAGUUUUUUCUUUUAUGCAUGUCCAAUUAUUUGAAUUUCUCUUGAAGCAAUUCAAUUUGAGUCUAUUCAUUAUCAAGCCUCAUAGGGCGUUGCUUUAAGGGAAAAACACAGAAGAAAGAGCGAUUUCGGUGCUGCAGAACUGAAGACAUUUGAGCUAAUUCAAGAGGUUGUACCAACUUGCACCAAAUAAUAUUGCAUGGGUUGGUUUACUAAACUGCUCAAGGGAUCCAACCGUAAAUAUUCAGGAGGAGGAUAUCAUGGGAAAUAUGAAGAGGACAGAUAUUCAGACAAUCAUGAUAAUUCAGCGGAUGAUUUGACGGAAAUUGAGAAAGAAGAAAUUGAUCGGGCAAUAGCACUCUCUCUUUCAGAGGCAGAUCCGAAAGGGAAAGGAGUUAUUGAGGACGACUCUGAAUCUGAAGAUGAUGAACUGUGUCCACUUGACGAUGAGGAAGACAAUCGUGUUGGGGAAGUUCAGCAAGACGAAGAUGACCAUCAUGCUCAAAUUCAACAGGAUGAAGACAAAAAUCUUGAUGAAUUUCAACUUGAGGAAGAUGAACAACUUGCCAGGGCAAUUCAAGAAAGUUUGAGCAUCAGUUCUCCUCCUCGAUCUGACACUGAUUCUUUAUUUCAACCUCUUGCAAACUUAUUCCCACCUGUUUACAGAACUUGUGCUGGUUGCAAUGCCGAGAUUGGCAGUGGAAGAUUUUUGAGUUGCAUGGGAGGUUUUUGGCAUCCCGAAUGUUUUUGUUGUCAUGCUUGCAAACUUCCAAUCACUGAUUAUGAGUUUUCAAUGUCUGGAAAUGGCCGUUAUCAUAAGUCCUGCUAUAAGGAGUUGCAUCAUCCGAAAUGUGAUGUUUGCAAAAACUUUAUCCCACCAAACUCAGGUGGCCUCAUUGAGUAUAGAGCACAUCCUUUCUGGCUACAAAAAUAUUGCCCAUCGCAUGAGCGUGAUGGAACUCCUCGUUGUUGUAGCUGUCAAAGAAUGGAGUCAGUGGAUGCCAAAUAUCUGUUGCUUGAUGAUGGCCGAAAGCUGUGUCUGGAGUGUCUUGACUCAGCUAUCAUGGAUACCCAUGAAUGCCAACCUCUCUAUGUUGAGAUACAAGAAUUUUAUGAAGGCUUACAUAUGAAGAUAGAGCAGCAAAUUCCUAUGCUUUUGGUUGAGAGACAAGCACUGAACGAAGCCAUGGAGGGAGAGAAGAAUGGUCAUCACCACUUACCUGAAACUAGAGGACUUUGCUUGUCUGAAGAGCAAACUGUUCCCACUAUUUUAAGGAGACCAAGGAUAGGGGCAGGAUACCAGCUCAUAGAUAUGAUAACUGAGCCUUUUAGACUGAUCCGUCGAUGCGAUGUGACAGCCAUACUUGUUUUGUAUGGCCUUCCCAGGUAUCCUUCUGAUGCCUACNUUUAA